CCCAUACAAUCCCCCAGUGUCAGCCCCCCGUUACUAAAGCCACAGCUCCUCUGCUUCACUGAGCCCCCCAACCCCACUAGUCACUCAUCUGAGCUCCUGGGAGGAUAAGACCAGGUCAGCUCCUAUGUCACAGACCCAGCCCCCCGUGGGACAAAGACCACUCUGUGGGUCCCCCUUUCUCUGCACCCCGCCUCCGUUAAAGCCUCCAAUACGUGCAUGGGAACCAAACCAUGAUAAUCUCCUGCUCAGGUGUCACCUAAUAGCCAAUAAGACCUGAGCUGAAGGAGGUAAAGUUGCCCCCCACCCCCACCAGGUAGAUCUGAUAAACACAGUUAAUGGAAAUGAGAGUUCAUUCUGUUGGGAAACACGACUACAAAAGCACUAAGCAGGCUCCUACCUUCUCUACUGGCUACUGCUGUCGGUCAGUGCUGUGUCUGACGCCUUUAUUCAAUGAGGAACCCACAGCUCCUGCAGCCACCACCCCACAAAUAAGGUACCAGUCAUGUUUCUGAUGUGGAUUUUCACGCUGUCUGCUCUUCCACAUGCGCUUUCUGCCAGCUCCAUCUUCUGCCCGGACGCCGAGGCCAGCGACACAAACACAGAUCACAUGACUGAUUGUCUGGGCUUGCGCUUCACCUGGCUCCACUCGGUCUUCGAUAAUUUCCCCUCACUGCUGAAAUUUGUGCUGAAGCUUCGCUGUGUGACAGGCCUUUGUCCACGCGACCUGGAAGAUUAUGGCUGUGUCUGCAGAUACAUACCAGCUGGAAACCCUGUGGAUUCUCUGGACAGCUGCUGCCAGAGCCACAGGCUGUGUUACCAGAACGCUGCCCCCUGCAGGCUGCAGCUGCCUCCCCUCCCAAACAGCUCCACGUGUUCAGCUGCAAACACCAGCUGUGAUGCUGGAGAUUGGUGUGAGCGGAGGUUUUGUGAAUGUGACCAGGCUGCCGUGGACUGCAUGAGUCAGAGCUCGUACAACUGGACACUGAGAGGCCUCGCCGAGUCGUUCUGUCCUGGCACAAACCAAACAGAUGUUCUCUUAGCAGCCAAUGACUCUGUGAGCUUCCAGCUCUUCAACUCUUCCCUCCUGUCUGCAGAGAUGGACUCGCUAACGACCAGCCGAGUGGAGAACCACAGUGACACCACGGGGAUGGGCGACGACCUCAUCAUCCCACCGCCGGGCCCGCCCCCCUCGCUGAUGCCUGCUGGGUGGUUUGAUGAAGGUGAAGGUGGUGCAGAGGACACAGACGAACAGACAGCUCACCCGAGUUUCAUCUCAGAUGUGAAUGAGACUGUGACAGAGGAAGCACUCGAGCAGGAAGAGAGAAAUGAGGAUCAGACAACCCACAGUCCUCCAGCACUCAGCCUGGAUUCAGGGCUGAGUCAACUCUCCUCACUGAGCCUUGGAGAUGAAAACCUGAAGAGAAAUCAAAGUGCAACACCAAGAACAUCACACAGUGAUGUGACACAGUCCACCUGGACCACAGCUUCUCUGACGACUACACGUCCCAGCGAGCUGACAACUGUGGAAGGUUCAGUUAUCACACCAGCAAAACACAUGGUGCCCUCUUCUAAAGAGGAGGAAGAGGAAGAUGAUAAUGAAAAUGUCAAGAUGAUGUUCACGGCUGUGUUUGUGACCACAGCUGCCAAAACAACAACAGCGUCGUCCAACAAGGUGGAAGGAAGCGCGACGCCGACCACAUCAGCUUCUCACAAAGGUCCAGAGCCUCCAACAGCAUCUGGGACAACUCCAGUAAGAAGCACCACCCAGAUCAGAGGACAACAGGUUGCCUCCAUCACACCAACAGCAGCCAAGAAAUCUCCCUCACGCAACUUGACUGAGGCUGAAUCUGACGAGGAGCCGCAGGAAAAGUCCAGAGCGGCGGUGACAGACAGACUGCCACGUGAGGACGGAGGAGACAGCUCACAGGAGGAACACACAGAUGGCCGGGCUGCGGCCCAGAAGAGGACGGCGCCGCUCUUCGCCUGGUCCCUGCUGGAGGCGGUUGGGUUCAGUGACUUGCAAAUAGAGCCAGACACCAAAGAAUGCAGUCAUUCCUUCACCGUGUACGGCAGCGACGGGCGAGCAGGGCGGGAGAUGCCGGCGCUGGGGGAGAUGCUCCACUGCCUGACGGGACGAUGCCCACACGAAUACGAGAUGUAUGGCUGGCCAGGAAGGCGGCGGGCGGCCGCUGGACCAGCUGGACAGGUGCUGCUUCUUCCAUCACUGCUGCCUGAAGCAGAUCAGCUCCAGGGGCUGCCGGUCAGACAGGAAGCUCAGUGCUCAGGUCAAGGUGUCACCAUUUGUGACAAGCUGCAGUGUCUGUGCGACAAAACUACUGCAGAGUGUAUGGCGGCGGCUCACUUUAACCACAGCCUGCCGACUCAGCAGUGCGGUGGACCGGGACCAGCCUGCCGCCGGCCCAGCAGGCCCCCCCAACCGCGGCUUUCCCAUCAGUCCAGUGAAGAGAGCGAGGAGCUGCCAGGAGGAAACUCUGACACCGCAUCAGCAGACACGCACACACUUCCGCCACACCAGACUGACAACAGUGAUGAAAGCUCGGACCUGAAGGAUGAAGAACUGCCACAUCCUCCUCCUCCGGCCUCCAGCGAGGCCAGCAGAGAGCCUCCGGUGCUCAGCGGGAUUCAAACUCACAACCACAGGCCAAAUGCGGGGCAGAGCCAAGAUCAGCGACCAGCAGGGAGACCAGGGACGUCCGGGCUGGAGCAGAACCUCAGUGUACGGCACAAGGCCGAGCUGCGGCAGCAUGGAAACAAUUCAGCUGCUGAACUGAAAAAGGCCCAUCUUGAAAAGUUCAUCACGUUAACACUCUGA